CGACACAUGCCGUCGUCAUAUUCGGUCUGCUGCUGUUUUCCUUCUGCCAUGCACCUUUAAAGGCUUUGUAACGUCGGAUCAUGGCUGUAUGUAACUUGGGCUUGAUGAGGCCUUUGCUAUGUCAGUCCCUGGGACAACUGGUUAGGUCUCCUCUCAUGGCCACUGCCAGGGUCAGCACACAGCUCCUGUCCCACCAGCCUACUAGCUUCCCUGUCACCUGCACCAGGUUUUAUGCCACCAAGAAGGCAAAAGCAAAGGCAAAGGGCCAGCAGACUAAGGUGAACAUUAACUCUGCCCUGGUGGAGGACAUUAUCAACCUGGAUGAAGUGAAAGAGGACAUGACAGCUGUUCUCAAUACACUCAAAGAUGACUUCACACGCAACAUUAGCAUCCGAACUUCGCCAGGUGCUCUGGAUCACAUCAUGGUGACCACUAAAGAUGGGAAGUUUCCACUUAACGAGCUUGGCCAGCUCUCCAUGAAGUCUCCUCAGCUCAUAUUGGUCAACAUGACCGGCUCCCCCGAGGCCACCGCGGCCGCCAGCCGGGCCCUUAGAGAGAGCAGCAUGAAACUGAACCCUGAGGUAGACGGGACCAUCAUCAAGGUGCCCAUUCCGAAGGUAACACGGGAGCACCGUGAGAACCUCGCCAAGAUGGCCAAACAGUUCAGCAACAAGGCCAAAGAAUCAGUGAGGAGAGUGCGCUCCAACGCCGUCACACACAUUAAAAAGGCCAAGGAGGGAAACUCAGAAGAUACCAUACGACUAAUAGAAAAGCAGCUUCAGCAAAUGGCCGAUGGCUUUGCGGUGGAUAUAGACAAACAGCUAGCAACCAAGACCAAGGAGCUUUUAGGCUGACUGGACAUGUGAAAAGAAAGACACUUCCCAUUCAUCUGGACACAACGUUUAUUGAGACAGAAACGUUUCAUCACUCAUCUAGCUGACCUCUUCGGUCUCACCUGGCUGCAGGUACCCCACCCUUAGAAACAACACACUGGCACAACGACCGAAACCAACGACCAGUUUCAUAUGCAAAUAGGCGUGACCAUGAAUUUGCAUAUGAAACCGGUCAUUGGUUACGGUCAUUAUAAGGGCGGGGAUACCUGCAGGCAGGUGAGACUGAAGAGGUCACCUAGAUGGGUGAUGAAACGUGUCUGCCUUAAUAAACAUUGUAUCCAGAUGAACUGAUUCAUCUUUCUGAUACUUUCUUUCCUGCAUAAAGACAAAAAGAAAACUCUUUCCAUUUCUGGCACUGUACUAUCUUAAAUGGUUAUAAAUGUACCCAGGGAUAACACACACUAAUAAAUGCACAACAAAUGUGUAUUGUGUCCUUAUCAUGUUGAUAAAAGGAAGCGAUUGCGGAGUUUGUUAUAGUUGUGCUGUGGCGGUAGAUUGUAAGUUCCACUCUCUUAAUGGGAGAUGAUUUACCACACAAAGCGGUGUGUGUAAUAGUAGAUGAUUUUGUUAUCUGUGUUUAACUGUCAGCACACAAACAGGGCUUAGCGUGGAAACAGCGACAGAAUGCCAGUCAGCUCCCUCCCCUCCCCUCCCCUCCCCUCCCCUCCGCCCCUCCUCUCGUCUUCAAACAAACAUCGGAGCGAGGGAUGAAUCGACUUUUAAUGGGAUUUGAGGGCCUCCUCCUAAUCAAACUCCUUGCCACAAGGACCGUCUGUUUACAUAAAACAAGCGCACCCGUCUGGAUGUAGACUGGCUGCGGCUUCGUCUCGGCGGUGAGAAUGAGGAAGAGGGAGAGAGGAA